AUGGCGAAGGCAGAACCGGAAGAGUCGCCAAAAGAUGACAAUGAGGAAACGAAAGCGUUGGAGCAGGUUUACCUUUCGACCCAGUCGCUUACGUUCAGAGAGCCAUUUACUGAAGACAAAACCGAGACCAUCCAGGUGGUCAAUCCGACGGAAAAAACUAUCGGUUUCAAGGUCAAGAGCACACGCCCAAAAGAACUCCUUGCUCGACCACCUUUUGUUGUCUUGACUAAGUCCAGUGGUUCCUACGUAAAAAUCAAGUACUGCAAAUUACCAGAAGGACAGAAGCCUCUGAAGAAGGAUCGCCUUACGUUUGUUUUUGCAGUUGUUCCGGAAGGUACAAAGCUUAAAAAACCUUCAGAGCUGUGGAAAGGGAAAGACGGGCCUCCUAAAACCACUCGUUCAAUCACACUAAAAAUUAUUGGAAGCGUGGAAGCUGCAGCGGUAGAGGAGAGAGCGUCUUCUCAACCGGCUAAAGAAGGCAAUGGUUUGAAGGCAGCGGCAAGUUCCAAGUCUGAAACCAAACCCGUUGAAGCUGGAACACCGGAAACUGAAGACAAAGAAGCGAAACCAGUGGAUGAAAAAUCGUCGAAGGAUAUUAAACCAGAAAAAUUGCCAAGCUAA